AUGUUUGCUGUCGCCUCGCUCAUCCUCCUCUCCUGCUUCGCCUUCGCGGUCGCCUCUCCGGCCUCAUCUCCGAACCGGCGGGCUACCGCGUUGACAUGUCCAAUAUUCAGUGUCGACGAUGAAUCGGUCAGCUUCACUCUGCUGGCCGUUGGCCAGUUGGAUGAUAGUUUCCGUCGCCCUCUGGCCCUUGGCACUGUUGCGGGUGCUACAGUCCUUGCGUCAGUGAAAACUCUCGCCCAAAACCUCGACACCAAUUUCACGCUGGUUAAUAAUGGAUUAUAUUCUGAUCCGGCCGGCUACACCGGCGUAUUGCGAAGGCUUCAAUACGAGUCCUCAUGGGGCUGA